AGUUUUCCGAGACUCACGGUUCGUCAAAUGUACAGAUUUCGUUUGCGCAACCAUACACGUAACCCUCACCUCUUUUCAAACUCCAGAUUUAUCACAAUCAGACACGCUGUGAGCUUUCUCUCGGUUUUCUCCCCGUGUAAUUCCCAUCUCUAGAUAUAGACGCGCUCUAUCAUAGAGUCAGUCUAAAAUGAAAUUGCACUUGCACCAACCUUAAAAAGCCCCACAUCCCAUAAUACGUGCGGCGUCUCAGCCUCGACCGGUCUGAAUACUUAGUAGGGUCUCCAGAGUUCGACUAAGCUAUCUUAAAAGAGUCUUCCUCACGCAGCACUGGAUGUUCAUUUCUCUUUCUUAAACCACGUUCACCCUUUGUAGCAAGGUCCAUUUCUGUCGAUUGUACUUGGUUUUAUCUUUCCUUCCUGCUGGCCUCAGGAUGCGAUCUACCUCGUAUACUCAUUAUCCGCCAUCUCGCUCGGCUGACCGACCGAGCAUUGACGGCAACGACAACCCGAGAACGCCUGGCGCCCAUCCACCCAACGACAGCCUGCGUCCGCGCAGCAUCUUACGCAAACCAAACCCUCUACUCCCUCCUUACCCCGUAGAUCACUCUCUUCAACUUCCUCGACCAUCACGACCUCUUGCCUUGAUGCCUCGCAUGGAUAUGUAUCCCCCGUAUCAAACUCCCAGUUUACUUUCCUCAACGUACAAUGACUCUUCCCACUUACUCGCCACCCCAUAUAGUCGUGGUCAGGCACAGUGGAUGCCUCGUGGGUAUGAGUCGAGACACCAGCAGUACAAUCCUCCACAUCUCGCCGAUUACCAGCAAUCACCUCGCGAUCAUGGUGACCAUCAAAAACGUACAUCCCUGCCACCACAUGCUUUCCAACAACAGCAGAAUGGUACUCGCGAUGUCUCUGCGUCCAUGCCAGACAUCAGGCGCAUAGCCAAACCGUCGUCCGCGGAAAUAGAGAGGGACAGGCAGGCUCGGGCAUGUGGACUUCAACUCGAUUACACGUCACACCACAAUGUUCCCCCUUCCUCAAAUAUCCAUCCACCACGAGGUAGCAGGCGCCUCGAGGAAGAUCAGCCACAACGCGAGCCGAAGACGCUGUUAGACCGUGGAAAACCUUGCGCACCCCGACCAAAGCCACACAUCUUGUAUCCUAGGCUCGACAAACUCGUUCGACGUGAGAAGCAUCGUGCGAUGGAUCAUAUCUCUUUUGACGAGGAUGUAAUGGAAAUGUUUAGAGAGGAAGGAGAUUUACGAGAGAAGCUUCGUGAAAAGCGCAAGGGCGGAGCUGAGAAGAAAGAUCCAAAAUUUCGUCUGUUGUGUUUUGCGUGUAGUUUUUGUGUUACACUAACAUUCAGACAGGUGUGAUAGGAGCGCCGUUGCGUGAUGUAUUGAUCCAUGCAUCAUCCACGAUCACCAUCGGCGAACACCAGCACGACGUACCGACCCUGGUCGUUGCCUGUGUAGAAGAGCUGA